AUUUCCCUAGGCGGCGGCCGCGGCGGCGGAGGCACAGCGGCAGCGGCGGCGGUGGCGGCGGCGGCAGCGGUGGCGGCGGCUCGGCCAGUACUCCCGGCCCCCGCCAUUUCGGACUGGGAGCUAGCGCGGCGCAGGCACUGAAGGCGGCGGCGGGGGCCAAAGGCUCGGCGGCUCCCAGGCCUGCUGAAAAUGACUGAAUAUAAACUUGUGGUAGUUGGAGCUGGUGGCGUAGGCAAGAGUGCCUUGACAAUACAGCUAAUUCAGAAUCACUUUGUGGAUGAAUAUGAUCCUACGAUAGAGGAUUCCUACAGGAAACAAGUAGUAAUUGAUGGAGAAACCUGUCUCUUGGAUAUUCUCGACACAGCAGGUCAAGAGGAGUACAGUGCAAUGAGGGACCAGUACAUGAGGACUGGGGAGGGCUUUCUUUGUGUAUUUGCCAUAAAUAAUACUAAGUCAUUUGAAGAUAUUCACCAUUAUAGAGAACAAAUAAAAAGAGUUAAAGACUCUGAAGAUGUACCUAUGGUCCUAGUAGGAAAUAAAUGUGAUUUGCCUUCUAGAACAGUAGACACAAAACAGGCUCAGGACUUAGCAAGAAGUUAUGGAAUUCCUUUUAUUGAAACAUCAGCAAAGACAAGACAGAGAGUGGAGGAUGCUUUUUAUACAUUGGUGAGAGAGAUCCGACAAUACAGAUUGAAAAAAAUCAGCAAAGAAGAAAAGACUCCUGGCUGUGUGAAAAUUAAAAAAUGCAUUAUAAUGUAAUCUGGGUGUUGACGAUGCCUUCUAUACAUUAGUUCGAGAAAUUCGAAAACAUAAAGAAAAGAUGAGCAAAGAUGGUAAAAAGAAGAAAAAGAAGUCAAAGACAAAGUGUAUAAUUAUGUAAAUACAAUUUGUACUUUUUUCUUAAGGCAUACUUAAGUAAAAGUGGUAAUUUUUGUACAUUACACUAAAUUAUUAGCAUUUGUUUUAGCAUUACCUAAUUUUCUUUCUGCUCCAUCCAUACUGUUAGCUUUUAUCUUGAAUGCUUAUUUUAAAAUGACAGUGGAAACUUUUUUUCCUCUAAGUGCCAGUAUUCCCUGAGUUUUGGUUUUUGAACUAGCAAUGCCUGUGAAAAAGAAACUGAACACCUGAGAUUUCUGUCUUGGGGUUUUUGGUGCAUGCAGUCAAUUACUUCCUAUUUUUCUUACCAAUUGUGGACUUUAGUGUGAAACAAAUUAAUGAACCUUUCAAAUCAUCCCUAGUCUAUGUUUUAUCUGGUCACAUACAUGGAUCAAUUACUAAUUAUAACUUCACUUGGAAUUUCAAGAUUGGUUUUAUUGAAACAUUGAGGGAACACGAAUUUAUGGACUUCCUAUAGAUUCAUCUCGUAUGCAUCAUGUCCUGUAGUUUCAGUUACCCUUGUAUGAAUGUAAGGUUACACUGUUCACAAAGGUUUUCUUCUUUCCACUGCUAUUUGUCAUGGUCAUGUUUCCAAAAAUAUUAUAUUUUUUCUAUAAAAAGGGAAAAAAUGGAAAAAAAUACAAGGCAAUGGAAAAUACUAAAAGGCCAUUUACUUUCUGCAUUAGAUAAAUUCCUAUAAUACUCUGAAUAGCUUCUCCUGUUAAGGAAGACCCAGUAUGUAAUGAGGAUUAUAAUAACCAUUUUGGGGCUAUAUUUACAUGCUACUAAAUUUUUGUAAUGAUUGAAAAAAAUUUAACAUGUAUAAAAAAUUUUCAUAGGAAUUAAAUAUAGUCUCCCUGUGUCAGAUUGCUCUUUCUUAGCAUAACUUUAAAUCUUUUCUUGAACUUCAGUCUUUGAAAGUAGUUUUAAUUCUACUGAUAGUGAUGUUAAAGAUUAUUUGGGCCAGUUAGCUUAGUAGGUUACAAAGGCCAGGCUUUGUGUGAACCUUUGAGCGCCACUGAGAGCUUCACAGGUGGACUGCAUUCCUGUGAUCCUCCAGUGUUGUUAUGCCUGGGCUGGUCAGGAAUGGCGACUAGGAGAGAGUUUGGUUAGCUCAGCAAGGUACAUUGUCACCAUGUGGUAGUCCUACUCAGGAACAUCACUUUUGUUGAAAUUAAAAAAAAAAAAAAAAAAAGAACUUUAAAAAAAAACAUUAUUUU